UGACUGGUGUCUUAUAAGAAGGAGGAGAUUUGCACACAGGCGCACAGACACACACAGGGUGGGGGUGGCCGUGUGCCCAGCCGUGGCAGAGACCAAAACACCAGCUCUGCAUGGUGGGGCAUCAGGGGCCCCCCCGGAGCCCCAGGCGCUGGAGGAGGCAGGAAGAUGCCUCCUAACUUCAGACAAAACAUGGCCCUCAGACAGCUUUGUGUCCGGCUUGAGGCCUGCAGGCCUGGGGCAGCAUGGAUUCUUUUGCUGGGAGCCCCGUGGCGGUCCUGGGUCCCGGCGGCUGGAGAGGAGCUGGAGGAGCCCAGUGAUCAUGCUGCGCUCAGUCUGAGGAGGCCAGGCGGCCCUGGGGUGGGAGGGAGGCUGGGUACUGGCCUUCCGGGGCAGCCGUGGCAGCUGGCAUCUCCGGAGCCCUCAUGGGACAGAGCGCACCACCAGGCUCCCAGCGGGAUGCGUCAGCCCUGCUGCUCUGAUAAGAAAGUGAGGCUUGAGGGCAGGAGCCCCUUCCUCACCAGGCCUGAGGCCAGGGCUGGUGGGCACAUGUGUCCCACAGGGGCUGUGAGAGGCCCUCCACCGCCUCCGUGAAUAAAUUCCUGAAUAAUGACAUCCCUCAGCAAUCGAGCACUUAGAAAUCCCUCGGGAGAUCAGUGAAACCUAUUGUCCCCUGAGGACUAAGUGUCCAGCUUCAGGAGUGGAGCUGGGACCCACAGGCUCACGGGGCCUCAUGGCCCCCCUCUGAGGAAAAAUGCACAGAGUGGGUGUCCUCCCAUUCACGGAAAGGAGGCUGUUUCCAGAGGGCGGAGGCCAGGUAACCUGGCAAGGUAACCGCCAGUCCCAGGGGGCCCAGAUCUUCCCUGCUGCAAAGUCCAGCAUCCUGAGAAACCCUGUGCCUGGCAGCCCAGGACAGUGGGUCACCCCAGCUUGUGGCCUGGGCAGAGGCGGGUGUGAGCGACGAGGCUGGCUGCCCGGGGCUGAGACAGAGCAGCAGCGGCACACGCCCAUCUCCCCGAGCUCCUGAGCGGCUCUCCCGCUGAGAAGCCAGGCCUCCUGCGCACACGACGGGCCUGUGCGUCUCGGCAGCAGCUGCGGCGCUCUUCAGGAUAUUACGGUCACACCCCACACAGGCUUUUUCCCGUUACACCACCGCGGGGUGUGGCUUCUCACCUGCUGUUUGCCUCUGUUCCCCACUCGCCUCCGUGCCAAGUCCUUGGGCCUUCAGAGCUCGGAGCUGCAUUCCCGGUGCAGCUCCCAGACUCACCCCUCACCCUGCACCUCAAAGGUGGCCCAUCUAUCUGUCCCUAGUCCCCUGUCCGGCAGCCCUUGGCCCGGGAUCUCACACCCGCGUGUGUGGGAGGUCUCCCUCCCCCCGCCUCUGGCCCUAAGAGACUUUGCCCGCCUCCCCGACCGGGAAAGUCAACAGACGGCGUGCCCCGCGGGCCUCGCCAUGGCCUCCCUGUGGCCGGCCCUUCUCUGCCUCCUCCUCGGCCUGCAGGGGUCCCUGGCGGCAGUUUUCAUUGCCCAGGAACAAGCCCACAGCCUCCUGCACAGGCUCCGGCGCGCCAACUCAUUCCUGGAGGAGCUGUGGCCCGGCUCGCUGGAGAGGGAGUGCAGGGAGGAGCAGUGCUCCUUCGAGGAGGCCCGGGAGAUCUUCAAGAGCGAGGAGAGGACGAGGCAGUUCUGGGUUUCCUACAACGACGGAGACCAGUGCGCCUCGAACCCCUGCCUGAAUGGGGGCUCCUGCGAGGACCAGCUCCAGGCCUACAUCUGCUUCUGCCCGGAAGGCUUCGAGGGUCGGAACUGCGAAACCAACAAGAACAGCCAGCUGAUCUGCGUGAACGAUAACGGGGGCUGCGAGCAGUACUGCAGCGACCACGCGGAGGCCGGGCGCGCCUGCUGGUGCCAUGAGGGGUACGCCCUCCAGGAGGACGGGGUGUCCUGUGAGCCCACAGUUGAAUAUCCGUGUGGAAAAAUACCUGUUCUGGAAAAAAGAAACGACAGCAACCCUCAGGGCCGAAUCGUAGGUGGCAAGGUCUGCCCCAAAGGCGAGUGUCCCUGGCAGGCCAUGCUGAAGCUGAAAGGGGCGCUGCUGUGCGGGGGCGCCCUGCUGAACACCAGCUGGGUGGUCUCUGCAGCCCACUGCUUCGACAGGAUCCGGAGCUGGAAGGACCUGACGGUGGUGCUAGGCGAGCACGACCUCAGCCAGGACGAGGGCGACGAGCAGGAGCGGUCAGUCGCCCAGGUCUUCGUCCCCGACAAGUACGUCCCGGGCAAGACGGACCACGACCUGGCCCUGGUCCGCCUGGCGCGGCCCGUGGCCCUCACUGACCACGUGGUGCCCCUCUGCCUACCCGAGCGGAGCUUCUCCGAGAGGACGCUGGCCUUCGUCCGCUUCUCGGCCGUCAGCGGCUGGGGCCGCCUCCUGGACCGCGGUGCCAAGGCGCGCGUGCUCAUGGCCAUCCAGGUGCCGCGGCUCAUGACCCAGGACUGCCUGGAGCAGGCCCGCCGCAGGCCCGGCUCCCCCAGCAUCACCGACAACAUGUUCUGCGCCGGCUACCUGGACGGCAGCAAGGACGCCUGCAAGGGCGACAGCGGCGGCCCGCACGCCACCCGCUUCCGGGGCACCUGGUUCCUGACGGGUGUCGUCAGCUGGGGUGAGGGCUGUGCGGCCACUGGCCGCUUCGGGGUGUACACGCGGGUCUCCCGGUACACGGCCUGGCUCCUCGGGCUCAUGGGCGCCCCGCCGCCGCCGUCGGAGGGCCUCCUCCGAGCCCCGCUGCCCUAGCGCCGGCUCCCGGCCCACGCACCCCCCCUCCCCCCGAAUAAAGCUGGGCUCUGGCGCCAAAGCCCCAA